AUGAGCUACUCGGAUCUAAAAACGAUCAAAGCCAUUGUCGCCGCGAAGUUGAAGAGGGAGACGCAGUCAGACGACAAAACCAUGAUCAUGGAAAAGACGAUCCAACUCGUUGCUGGUCUUCCAGACUACUCUAGACGCCAAGAGCUCUUGACCAACGAUUUUAUUGACAAGUUGUGGUAUUCACUAGACCACCCACCGCUGCUUUACAUGGGAGAUCAGUACCGUUUCCGCCAGCCUGAUGGAUCACACAACAACCCUCUUAUGCCUCAUCUUGGUGCGGCCGGCACCGCAUACUCUAGGACCUGCAAGCCGCGAGGCAUGGGGCUUGGUGCGCUGCCCCCUCCCGACACGAUCUUCGAGUCAAUCAUGGCGCGAAAUGAAUUUCAGAAGAAUCCAAACAAUGUUUCCAGUGUCCUUUGGUACUGGGCCACAAUCAUCAUCCAUGACUUGUUCAACACCGACCCGGCAGAUGGCAACAUCAACAAUAAUUCAUCGUAUUUGGAUCUGUCUCCAUUGUAUGGAAAUAGCCAGAAAGCGCAGAAUUCUAUUCGAACUUUCAAAGAUGGAAAGUUGAAGCCGGAUGCCUUUGCGGACAAGCGCAUGCUAGGCAACCCCCCGGGUGUCUGCAUCAUUCUCGUCAUGUUUAAUCGAUUCCACAAUCAUGUCGCAGAAAAUCUGGCGGCAAUCAACGAAGGCAAUAAAUUCCCGCAGCCCUCUCCAGAUCUUGCACCAGAGCAAGCCUCUGAAGUAUGGAAAAAGUAUGACGAGGAAUUGUUCCAAACAGCGCGGCUGGUAACAUCUGGCCUCUACAUCAACAUCACUCUCAUUGACUACGUUCGAAACAUCAUCAACUUAAAUCGAGCCGAUACAACCUGGACCCUUGAUCCAAGACAAGAAAUGGGCGUUGCUGUUGGCACGAAAGAGGGCUCGCACAGUGGAGUUGGUAAUGCAAUCUCUGCCGAGUUCAAUCUAUGCUAUCGAUGGCACUCGUGCAUCUCAAAGAAAGACGAGACUUGGAUGCACGACUUUUUCUCAGAGCUACUAGGCAAUAGCGAUCAAGAGCUCGACCUACCGACUCUGAUGGCGGCCAUGAAAAAGUUCGAAAUGACAAUGCCUAAGGAUCCAGGAGAAUGCACAUUCGGAGGCUUCAGCCGAGGCGUAGAUGGCCGGUUUAAUGAUGACGAUUUGAUGCAGGCUCUGACUGCCGCCAUUGAAGAGCCGGGCGGCGCAUUUGGUGCAAUGAACGUCCCAAGAAUCAUGAAGCCGAUCGAAGCUCUUGGUAUUAUUCGCGGCAGGAAAUGGCACGUAGCGAGCCUGAAUGAGUUUCGCAAGCAGUUUGGUCUCAAGGCUUACGAUACAUUCGAGGACAUCAAUUCUGAUCCUUACGUUGCCGACCAGCUACGAAACCUGUACCAGCAUCCCGACAAUGUGGAACUCUACCCGGGAAUAGUUGCAGAAGAGGCCAAACAGCCCAUGGCGCCAGGAGUUGGAAUUACUCCAACCUUCACCAUCUCACGAGUCGUUCUGUCUGACGCAGUUUCACUGGUGCGAGGAGACAGACACUAUACUACCGACUACCACACUGGCACAUUGACAAACUGGGGUUUCAAUGAAGCAAACUAUGACCUCAACGUCAAUCAUGGAUGCGUUUUCUACAAGCUAUUCAUCAGGGCUUUCCCCAACCACUUUAGGGAGAACUCCGUGUACGCUCACUAUCCUAUGGUGACGCCUGCGGAGAAUCGCAAAAUCCUUGCCAACAUGGGCCGAGCGGACUGGUUCAACUUUGAUCGUCCUACCCACAUACCCGACAAGCUAAACAUCAUUUCCCAUCAUGCGUUCAAACACGUACUGGGAAAUGAGCUUACAUACCAACCUCCCUGGGAGCAAGGCUUGGGGUACCUGAUGAAUGAACGCAGCCUGCGGACAAUGCUGGCGGAUGGACCAGAUCUGCACGCUAUCCAGCGAGCCUCUGUCGGCACGUCGCUGUUUGGAGAUGCGUGGAAAUCGGCUGUCAAGAGCUUUUACACUCAGAUGGCCGAGAACCUGCUGGCACAGAAGUCAUACAAAAUUGCAGGGCAGACCCAGAUUGACAUCGUUCGCGACGUCGGCAAUUUGGUCCACACCCACUUUGUCGCUCGCGUGUUCAACUUGCCGCUGAAGACUAAAAAUCACCCCAAAGGAGUCUUUUCUGAGCAAGAGCUGUUCAAAUUCUUGACCAUGAUCUAUAUUUGCAUUUUCUUGGACUACGACCCUGUGAAGUCGUUUCCUCUCCGCCGCGCCGCGAAAGAGGCAUCUGCCCAGUUGGGUGCGCUCAUUGAGACCAAUGUCAAGCUGGGACUCAUGUUUGGCAUGAAGGGUCUCUAUGUCAAGAAAUUUAAAAAUGAUGUUCUUGCUCGAUAUGGCCACGAACUCAUCAAAGCUCUGGCAAAAACUGGGCUGAACGCACACGAGAUAGCGUGGAGUCAGAUCUUGCCGACGGCCGGCGCCAUGGUGCCAAACCAAGCACAGAUGUUUGCGCAAUCGGUGGAUUGGUAUCUCUCUGAGGAGGGCGAAGCCUAUCGUGCAGAAAUUGAGCGCAUCGCGGCGCAAGACUCGACGGACGCAACUGACGCCCUGCUCUUGGGGUACGCAAUGGAGGGUGUGCGCAUGGCCGGUACAUUCAGCCUCUACCGUAAUGUAGCAGCUGAAGACGUCAUGAAAGAUGAUGACGGCCAGCCAGUUUCUGUCAAGCAUGGCGAUACAGUCUUUGUUUCUGUGACACCAGCGACCAAGGAUGCUGGGCUCUCGAGCCCUGAAAAGGUUGACCCCAAGCGCUCGCUCGAUUCAUAUGUGCAGCAUGGCUUGGGCCCCGAGCUCUGCCUGGGACGGGAAGUAUCUCAAACGGGGCUGGUUGCUCUUUUCAGAGCAACUUUCCGGAAGAGAAACCUUCGCCGAGUGCCGGGGCUGCAGGGACAGCUGAAGAGGCUCACGAAGCCAGACGGCAGCCAUGGAUUCAUGACGGAAGAUUGGGGCACGAUUUGGCCAUUCCCCACCAUCCAGUAUCUUCUCCGAUGGCAGAAUCUAAGACCUCCGAAUCGGUUCAUUGCUUUGCCGUAUCGGCUGAUCGGCUGA